AUGGAAGACGGCAAAGCUUUCCUUCUCGGGAGUCCACUCACCGACGAAUCUGCGGUUUUAUGUUUGGAACGAAAGAUUGAUGACUUGAAACGUCUGACGGAAAAAUUAAAAAAGAUCAAUUUUCACAGUGCGUUCUAUUUGCUGAAGAUUUCCAUUUCAACUCCACGUUUGAUCUUCUUUCUCCGAGGCAAUCCGAUGUGGAAACACACCCAUGGCCUAGAACGAUACGAUGCCGUACUCAAGGAAUCAUUAGAAUCGAUUUUAAACAUUCAACUGUCAAUUCGUUCAUGGUCCGAAUCUUCUUUGCCAAUUAAGUAUGGAGGAAUCGGAAUCAGACAUGCAACAGAGAUCGCUUUGCCUUGCUUUUUGUCAUCCAUACAUGAAGUUUCCGAUUUGGUGGACCAGCUGUUAUCUGAACCUUACCGACAGCUUGAUCCAGCAUUGUUGGAAGCAGAAAAGUUUUGGUGCGAAAAUUUUGGUGAGCUGCCUGAAAAAGAUCUAAGAAACAUUCAACAAGUUUGGGAGUCUACUGACAUAGAGCGAAAAAUCGAAUUUCUGAGUGGAUCUUUGGAAAAAACGUGGGAUAAGGCACGAUUUAAAGCAAACUCUGCACGUGAAACAGGUGCUUGGUUGCAUGCACUACCAUCGCCACAACUUGGGACAUUUCUAUCCAAUGAUGAAUUCCGAGUGGCACUAUCACUACGUCUCGGCUUACCAAUCGUUCAACCUCAUGUAUGCAUUUGUGGAGAAAAAGUUGACAAAUACGGACAUCAUGGUUUAUCGUGUGCUAAGGCUAAAGGCACGAAUUCACGACAUGCAAAUGCAAACGGUAUUUUCCAACGUGCAUUGAAAUCAGGUCAAGUGCCGGCUAUUCUCGAACCACCUGGGUGUUCUCGGCCAGAUGGAAAACUUCCAGACGGAAUGACUCUAAUCCCAUGGGCGAGAGGGAGGUCACUGCUGUGGGAUUUUACAUGCAGAGACACUUUUGCGCCUUCGUAUCUGAAUGGAUCAUCCAAUCAUGUCGGCUAUGUAGCGAAACAAGCCGAGAGGAAAAAAAUCAGUCAUUAUUCGGAUUUGGCCCAUCAUUUCAUUUUCAUUCCUAUUGCUACUGAAACAUCAGGGGUCAUAGGAAAGCUUGGAAUGGAUUUGAUAAAAAGUAUUGGAAGUAAAAUUACUGAUGCUACUGGUGAAAAACGAGCUACAUCGUAUUUAAUUCAAAGAGUCAGCAUCGCCAUUCAGAAAGGAAAUGUAGUUUCAAUUUUGGGAACAAUCCCACCCACGAGAGAUUUGAGCGAAAUAUUUUAUUUGUAA